AAUCAUCCACGACUAAGAGGCGGAGUUGACCAGGGGCAUAAUCAAGAUGGCCGCCUUCGCCGAAAGGAUGGCACCUAUCUUGGCGCUCUGGCUUGCUGUAUGUCUCAGUGGGGCACUGGCUGUGGAGAGAGUCAACUUCAAAACCUGUGACCAGAGUGCCUUCUGCAAACGUCAGCGAGCAUUGAACCCUGGCGAGUCGCCCUAUCGAGCCCUACUAGAGACUAUGGAGCUAACCAACACUAGACUUACCCUGCAGCUCAAGAAUGACAAGAACAAGGUGCGUCUGCUCCUGGAGCUCUAUCGUCUCCAGGGAAACAUAACGAGGGUGAAGAUUAAUGAGCUGAAGCCGCUGAAGCCUCGUUAUGAGGUCCCCGACGUGCUCAUCAGAGAGCCGCCUACAGAGCCCCUGUCUCUUUUGUCUCAGGACAAGAAUGGAGUGGUUCUGUCACUGGGGGCGGAGUCUCAAAGGGUCAUUGUCAGUGCACAGCCUUUCCGAUUGGACAUUAUGGAGGGGCGAGAGGUGCUGCUUUCGCUAAACUCGCGUGGCCUUCUGGCCUUUGAGCACUUACGGCUACGCAAGGACACUUUCUCCUAUUUAAUAACAAGAACAUUGGCUAGUGUGUGGAAUAAUGUCAAGGGUGUAUUCUCUAGACAGACAGACCAAGAGCCUGAGGAUGCAGAUCUGGACGAUGAGGCUAUAUUGAAUGAAAAGGUUGAAGACGGCAUGUGGGAAGAAACAUUUAAAUCAUUUACAGACACCAAACCUAAUGGUCCAACUGCUAUCGGUCUAGACUUUUCAUUGCCAGGGGUGGAACACGUCUAUGGCAUUCCAGAACAUGCAGACAACCUCAGACUUAAAAAUACAGAUAAUGGAGAUCCAUAUCGGCUCUAUAAUUUGGACGUGUUCCAAUAUGAACUGGAUAAUCCUAUGGCACUUUAUGGUUCCGUGCCUGUUAUGUUGGCCCACAACAUCCAGCGGACCACAGGAAUAUUUUGGCUCAAUGCUGCUGAGACUUGGGUUGACAUUAGCUCCAACACCGCAGGGAAGACUGUGUUUGGAAAAAUGCUGGAUUACGUGCAAGGCUCCAGUGAGACCCCACAGACGGAUGUGCAUUGGUUCUCUGAAAGCGGCAUCAUUGAUGUCUUCAUAAUGCUCGGCCCAACACCAAAAGAUGUCUUCUCACAAUACGCCUCCCUGACUGGCACCCAGGCCUUCCCUCCUCUGGCCGCAUUGGCCUACCACCAGUGCCGCUGGAACUACAACGAUCAGGAAGACGUAGCGUCGGUGGAUGCAGGCUUUGACGAGCAUGACAUUCCCUAUGAUUUCAUCUGGCUCGAUAUUGAGCACACGGAUGGGAAACGUUACUUUACCUGGGAUACCAACAAGUUUCCCACACCCAAGGAAAUGCUUCAACGACUCAUGGAUAAAAAGCGCAAGAUGGUAACCAUUGUAGACCCUCAUAUCAAAGUGGACAGCAGCUACAAGAUCCAUAAUGAAAUCAAGUCUCAAGGUUUCUACACAAAGAACAAAGAUGGCGCCGACUAUGAGGGCUGGUGUUGGCCUGGCAGUGCCGGUUAUCCAGAUUUUAGCCGUGAAGACAUGAGGGCUUGGUGGGCCAGCAUGUUUGCCUACGACCAGUAUGAGGGCACGAUGGAGAACUUGUAUACAUGGAACGACAUGAAUGAGCCUUCAAUAUUCAACGGGCCUGAGAUCACCAUGCACAAGGACUCAAAGCAUGGAGAGUGGGAGCACCGUGACCUGCACAACCUUUAUGGCUUCUAUGUGCAAAGGGCCACAGCCGAGGGCCUGAUCCAGAGAUCAGGAGGGGUCGAAAGAUCUUUUGUCUUGACUAGAGCCUUUUUUGCUGGGUCACAGCGCUAUGGUGCUGUAUGGACUGGCGAUAAUGCUGCUGAGUGGGGUCACCUAAAAAUGUCCAUCCCCAUGUGUCUGAGUAUUGGUCUGGUAGGAAUAUCUUUUUGUGGUGCUGAUGUCGGGGGUUUCUUCAAGUCUCCCAGCUCAGAGCUGCUGGUGCGUUGGUACCAGACAGGAGCCUACCAGCCGUUCUUUAGGGCCCACGCCCACCUGGACACUCCCCGUCGUGAACCAUGGCUUUUCGGCCCAGAGAACACUGCUCUGAUCCGAGAGGCUGUGCGCCAACGCUACAGCCUGCUGCCGUAUUGGUACCAGCAGUUCUACCACACGUAUCUCACUGGGCAUCCAGUCAUGAGGCCGCUGUGGGUAGAAUAUCCUCAGGAUCCUGCUACUUAUGCUCUGGAUGAUGAGUUUUUGAUUGGUCGAGACUUGUUGGUGCACCCUGUCACUGAGGAGGGAGCCACUGGAGUAACUGCUUACCUGCCAGGAAAGGAGGAGGUCUGGUUUGAUGUCCACACCUUCCAGAAGCACAAUGGCGGCCAGAACCUUUACAUUCCAGUCACCAUGAGCUCUAUCCCAGUUUUCCAGCGCGGUGGCUCCAUUAUUCCCAGAAAGCUUCGAGUGCGUAGAUCUUCCACCUGUAUGGAGCAAGACCCAUACACCGUGUACGUGGCCCUUGGUCGUCAGAGAGCUGCAGAGGGAGAGCUCUACAUCGAUGAUGGACACACUUUCAACUUUGAGAAGGAGGAGUUCAUUCACAGGAGGCUGUCAUUUGCCAACAACCUCCUCUCCUCUGUAAACCUUGCCCCAGAGGCCCAUUUCUCGACCAGUUCCAUUAUUGAACGCAUCGUCAUACUGGGGGGUAGUAAGCCCACCAAGGCUACCUUAAAGACAGCCGAUGGUCAGAAGAGCCAGCUUGAGUUUGACUUCGAUGCUUCUACGUCAGUAUUGACGCUCCGCAAGCCCGGCGUGAACGCAGGCACUGAUUGGACUGUGAUGCUACAGUAACUGUUGAGAGAGUAGAUGAGGAGUAGGAGGAAAUAGUGACUGAUUAUAAGAGAAAUUAGCAAGUGACUGAAUAUAAGAGAAAAGAGCAACAAGAUUCCCCACUUGAACUUGAACACAAUGCAACACACCUACACACACACACACACGCACACACACACACACACACCCUCACUUUUAUCUGAAGUGCACGUCGAUACACUCAUGUGCCCCCUUUUUUGUGUAAUGUUAUGUAACUUAUAAAAACUGAUGUCAUUAAUCCUUAACAAAUCAAAUCAUACUCGGCUGAGCCUCUGAAGUACAAAUAUACUGGUAAAUGUCAUAGCAAAUGCUCUGUCUGAUGGUGUAUUACAGAUUGAUUUUCACCCAAUGCAUAUUUAGAUUUUUAGGUUUUGCAAUAUGAAGAAAACAACUGACCUUGCUUCUCACGUUUUCAGUUUACAAUUGGCAUUUUCAACCUCAUUAUAAAUUAGUGACAGAUGAAGUUGUCUGUAAAGAAGUAAGUAUUUGCUUUGGUAAGGGAUCAUGGAGAUAAGCUGCUUUCCAAAAUGUUUAUCUUUUGAUCAACACUUCACAAUAGAAAUGCUAUUGGCUACUGAACCACUGGGUUAUCCUGUUGUUUUCCUUCCAUUUGUAAUUGUUUGCCUUUCCAUUUAUUUGUUUCCUGUUAAUUUUAAUGCACUUCUGACAACCCAAGUAUCGUUUAGAUUUCUGUCUUGAAUUCAACAUUUCCAGAUUUUAUGGGUCUCAAUUAUCUUAAAUGUAAAUCUGAAAGGCAUACCCCUUUGUUUUCUGAGUUAAACCUUAGAAUGGAAGCAUGUCAGCUGCACUGCACAAAUCUAAAUGAUCAUUGGGAGUCUGAUUUUGUCCUGUUCUUUCAAAUGGUGUCAAUCUGCUUUUCUAUUGUUUUUAUGAUUGUAAAUGUUACUGCUUUUUUUUUCCCAACUUGAUACAGUGGUAAUAGAAGUGAAGAAGCAGACUAUCGGUCAGAGUUGUCAGAUAUACUUUAAAAGAUGUGACCAAGUGAAAAUAAAGAAGACCAAUUGUUAUAGGAAGA